CACAGGCUAGGACAGAGCCCAGGAUCAGGAUAAAAGGAGUGAGGAGCAGAUCUCAUCCAUCCAUUCCUCCUGAGGCACCCACGGAUCUUGUACUUGCUCCUGAGCACUCACCAGCUGAGAUGUCCUGCCAGCAGAGCCAGCAGCAGUGCCAGCCCCCUCCCAAGUGCCCUCCCAAGUGCCAGACACCAAAGUGCCCUCCCAAGUGCCAGACACCAAAGUGUCCUCCAAAAUGCCCUCCUAAGUGCCCCCCUGUGUCAUCCUGCUGCAGCCUGGGGUCUGGUGGCUGUUGCUCCAGCUCUGGUGGCUGCUGUGGCUCCAGCUCCGGGGGCUGCUGCAGCUCUGGGGGUGGCGGCUGCUGCCUGAGCCACCACAGGCCCCGCAGAUCUCUUCGUCGCCAUCGUCACAGCUCUGGAUGCUGUAGCAGUGGGGGCAGCAGUGGCUGCUGUGGUGGCAGCAGUCAGCAGUCUGGGGGCUGCUGCUGACCUGCGUCCCAGGACUUCGGACAAGUUGUGGAGAAGGAAGCCAAGUACAGCAGAAAUGUCCUUGACUGCCACUCUUCCUCCCUGCUGUGUUCUAUAUUCUGGGCUGUCUGACAUCCUGUGCAAAAUGCUUACUUACCUUUAAAAUGACCAGACUGCAACAGUAAAGUCUCCCCUUUCAAGCCUGA